AUGCGAUUUAAUAAAUCUAUAACAACUGAUCAAAAACAAAAACAGGAAAAUAUUUUUAAAAAUUAUAAUUUUGAUAUUCUAAAUGAUUCUAUUAAUAAUAAUAAGAAAAUUUUAAUUGAUGCAUGUGAAACAACAUCAAAAAUAAUUGAUGAAAAACUUCAUGAAUUAAAACAACAAUCUGGUCUUCUAUGUCGUGUAUUUCGUCGUGAAAGUGGAAAUAAAAAAAAUCAUGUCGAUCAACAAUCGGUACCGUCAUAUGAAUAUCAAACAUCACCAUACAUAGAAAUGAUGUCGAAUUUAGAUACAAAACCGUCAAAAUUAUCCUCAAAUGAAUAUAUUUAUACGGAAAAAUUAAAAAUAUUAAAUAGUGAAAAAGAAAGUUUGGAAGAAAAAUGUUCUAGUUGGAAUAAUAAUGAAUCAUCAUCAAAAAUAUCUUUACCAUCAACAGAAAAUUCAAAACGAUGUAAAUCAAAACUGCUUAUGACUGUCAAUAAUAGAGAUCAUGAAUAUUACAAACAACAAGAAAUACGAUCAACACGAGCUCAAAGUUUAUACGAAGAAACGUAUGGACAUUCGCCGUCGAUUAAUACAAAUAAAAAAAAUAAUUAUCUAGUUAUGUCAAAUUCCAAAGAUUGUAAACUUUUAAUGAAAACAUUGGAUAAAAUCAAUAUUCCACAUCAAUUACCAUCUUCAUCACCCAUUGAUACUCUUAGAAGUUCUUAUUCAACAAUUAAACCACAAACUUCAUCAUUAGACAAUAGUGAUUUUCUCAAUGAUUCACCCGAUAGAUCAUCUUCAUCGUUUGUUACAAAUACGAAUGAUCUACAUAAUACUGCUAAAAAUUUAACGGCAAGACGUUUAUUAUCAACAACAUCAAAUAGUAAUUGUGCACAACGACGAUACAUUGAUUUACCAACGCGUUUGGUUAAAUCAACUCAUUCUCGACGAUUAAUAUCACAGGAACAACAAUCUGAUUUAAACAUAAAUCAACGAAAUUUAAGUGAUUAUCAUAAAAAACGAUCAAGAUCAUAUUACAAUAAAAAUGAUAGUAAUGGUAAUAAUGAACAGUUCAUUAAAUCAGAUCAACAACAAAACAAAAAAGGUCAUGAACAAAAAUCAUCAUCAUCCUUAAAUCAAUAUACUAAUAGAAUAAUGAGUACACCUAAAUUGUUGUCACCGCCGUCUAAUCACCAUUAUCAACAUAAUCACAUAAUAAAUUCAUCAUCGAUGUUGUCUCAAAUUUCUUUGCCUCUAUCCGAUUUAAUCGUUGAGAAAAAAAAUUGUUUUGUUGAAGGAUUAGAUACAACACAUCAAACAGAAUCUACACAUUGCAAAGAUUUGAUUGAUACAUCAAAAAAUAGAAUAAUAACAUCAUCAAAUCAAAGGAAACAGUUAACCGAUGAUGAGUCUAAAUGUCGAAAAAAACCAGUACAUUUUUAUGGCCAUUUAACAACUGAAAUACAACCACUAUUUUAUCCUCUUUGUUCAAAAAUAUUAGAAAAUAAAAAUUCAUAUAGAAAAAUAAUUGAAAAACCAUCUAUUCAAAUGGUCAAAGAUGAUUUUGUUGAUGUCAAUAUUGGACAAUAUAAAAUUAAUUAUGAUAAAGAUAAAAAAAUUUAUAAAAAUGAAAAGAUAUCAUCAGACAAUAUUGUUGCGAGAUCACCACAACCAUCAUCAUUGAACAAUAUUGAAAAAAUGAACAAUUUUUUUGUUCCUUCUUCUUCUUCUUCUUCUUCUUCUUCAUCAUCAAUAUUAAAACAAAAAGAAAAGGAUAAUAUCAUUUUGACAGGAGGAGUUGUUGAAAAUGAAAUAACGUCGGCCGCCGUACCAACACCACUACCAACAACGAUGACCACAAACAAUAACUCUUUUUUUUCUUCUCCGUUCUUUCCUAUUCUUAAUUCAACAAUAUUAUCGCCGACUAAACAACUACAGCAAAAAGAAAAAGAAUCUGAUGAACAAAAUCGUAAUAAUGGUGUAAAUGAUAUUAAUCAAAAACGAUUUCUAUCUGAUAAUAAUUACGAUUUUAAUUUUCGACUAAAAUCUAAACAUCAACCUUUAUUUAAUCAACAACAGCACAGUAUCAGUAGCGCUAACAAUUAUCGAGAACAGCCAGAUGAUCAAAUUAAGUCGUCUUCUAUUUAUAUCAAACAACAACAGCCCGCUGCAAUUAAUCUCAAUAUUAACAUGUCGUCCAAUAAUUUAUUAUUGAAAAAUAAUAAGAGUGCAUCAUUGACUGUUAUUAAUGUAGCAGAUAAAUCAUCACAACAAAAAACAUUAACACAAUCUUCUCGAUCGAAACGUUUACUUGGUCUACUUCGUUUUGCCAGUACGACAGUAUCAAAACGUACCAGUAAUGGAGAUGCUAUCAUCACAACAGAUUCCCAUACUGGUGACAAUAAAAAGGAUAGUGUUGAUAUAUUGUCGUCUAAAAAGAAAAAUGAGUCUGACAUGACUCAUAAUAUACAACAACGUCAGCAACAGAACAAAAAUAACAAGGAUAGUAAAUUUCAUCUUAAACGUACAUCAUCAGCACAAAUAUGUGCCCAACGUUUUAAAACAAAAGGAAUAUCAAAACGACUUAGUGCAGAUGAAACGAUUGUGAAUCCAAUAAAAAUAGGAAAUACAGUGGCAACACAAAAUGGAAAUUCAAUAUCAUUGACAAUUGGUUCGAAUGAAAUAAACGAUAUGAAAACAAAAUUAGUGUUAUCACAAACAGCUAGUCAAAUCACAGCAAACGACAAAUGUCACCAUACAAUAGGAAACGAAGUGCCAAUGUCGUCUCGAAAUGGACCCGGUGCAGCAAAUGAUUUAUUCAAGUAUAUUAACAAUGGUUCUUCAAGUGGUCUUUUAUUUCGUCCGGUGGAAACGUUGAAAAAAUAUGAGAAUGGUAACGAUACAAUGAAAGUUGAUCCUAAAACCGACUACGUAUUAUAUAACAACAGGAACAAUAAUACAGUACAACAAUCAUUUUUUUUGUCAUCAUCAACAGCCGCAUUAUUACCUAAUACUAUUAAUAAAGACAUCGAAACAAUAAGAAAUGAUGCAUAUAAUAAACAUUCAUCUAAUCUAACAACAUCUUUAUCACCAUCACUAUUGUCGUCUGAUAACAUGAAUAAAGUCAAUCAAGAUGAAUCAAAUGGUAUUAAUACUUUAACUACUUACAGUCAUUAUUAUCUUCAUCCAAAUACACAUUCUCAUCAACAGCAUCUGUCUAAUAAUAAAAAGACAAAAGAAAAUACAAACAAUCAUACAAUCAGUAACGACAGUAUAAACAGUAUGAGUACAACUAGCAACAGUUCAUCAUCGACUAAUAGUACGAGUGUUAAUCAUUCAAAUGGUUUCUCAACUAGUCCAAUAAUAAUAAAGCAACAUAACACUAAUGAUUUCGUGCAUACAAUUGUACAAGGAACAGAAAUAAAAAAGAAUGAAGAACAAGAACAGGAGAAAAAAAAAGAAGCUGAUGAAGAUGGAGAAUCAAUGUCAGUGACCCCUAUUAAAAAAUCUGUUUUGACCUUAAACAACACGCUUAUAAAUUUAAACGCAACCAAUAGUCGACAAAAGAGUGUUGUUAAUGCUGCAUUAAUCGAUUGGAAAAUAAAAUCAUCCUUAUUAAAUGGACAACAACAACAACAACAACAACAACAACAACAUGAUACAAAUAAUGAAAGUAGUAUAAAAUCACCAAUAAUCAUGUCAAAUAACUCAUUAUUAAACGAAAACAAUGAAAAGGAAAAAAAAGAAAUGAAUAUUGAACCGGGAAUCGUUCUUUCCGAUAUCGUUCAAGCAUUUUGGCAUCCACCAGUAGUUGGUAAUGAUGAAAGUCAAAAAAAUGAACUUAAUGAACAGUGUUUAUCAGAGAAUUCAGGCUAUUGUAAAGAUGAUUUGAUAUCUACAACAUCAUUUCCGAACCCAAAUCCCACAACAUCUGCCCUAUUUCAACCGAUCAUCAUCAGUUCUUCAGCAUCUGUAAACAAUGUAAACAGUGUUUGGUCAUCAACAUCUAACCUUGAUGGAUCUCAUAAUGAUUGGACCGAUCAAAGUAAUCAUUACUCAGAUUUGAGUAGAACAAAUGAUAGUGGUUUUGAUAGCACUGAGCAGCCAUACAUAAAUAUUAACAACAAUAACAAUAACAACCAGGAUGAUUUUCGUAAUAAUAAUAAAAUACGUACAAAAUCGAUUGAUAAUCACCAAGAUGGAGAUGGACACCCUUGUUUAACACCCCAAACAAAAGAAACAAGUUUAAGUAUAGCAACAUUAUAUGAAAAAAAUCGUGUUAAUGGUAAUGCACAAUCAUUUAAUAAAGACUAUAAGAAAACAAAUAGUUUUGGAAAUGGUUUUAUCAUAAAUAAACCAUUUUCAUCAAAAUCCAAUUCACCAUCAUUAGAAGGUAUAAAUAAUAAUACCGACGAAGAACAGCAAUAUAAAGAACGUUUACGAGAAAAAUCUCGAUCAAUAAAACAAACGUUUCUUAAUAAUCAUAAUUUAUUAACAUUUCGUCAACCAUCACCAUCAAAUAAGAUGAAUAUGUUUUCGAAUUAUUAUUUUCAUAAUAAUGAUGAUCAAACUACGUACGAUAAUUUACCAGAAUAUCAACGAACAAAUGAUGGCUAUUGUCUUGUACGUUCAUUAUCAAAAGAUGCUUUAAAUGACACAACAAAGUCCUAUAGUUAUAGACAAGCUUAUGAUGGUUAUGAUAAUCCAACAUCUUAUUCUCAACUCUUAUCAUCACCAUCAGCAACGAGAACCAUUCCAAUUAAUCAUUAUUCAACAUCAUUUUCACCAAAUGCUCAUUUAACCAUUACAGAGUAUCCAUCAUCAUCACCAAUCACAUUUGACAUCGAUCAUUAUCCUUCAAAACAAGAACAAAGUAGUAUUUAUGUUCAACGUCCAAAAUCAGCAACAACCACUGUCUAUCGUCAACCGGUGAUUGUCACUAGCAGUACAACAUUACAUACCGAUAAUAACAACGAAAAAAAACAGUUAUCACCGGUUAAAUUUCAUCAAAAAGAUGAUUAUUUUUCAUCAUCAAGAACAACGACAAUGAAACAUUCAAUAUCAAUGCCAACAAAUAAAAUGAUGUACACAUUAGUUAAUAAUGAAAAUCAUGAAAAUCAGACUCCUUCAAUGAGUACUUCCUCGAAUUCGGCAUCAUUGGCAUUCGUUUCGCCAGCAAAUUCGACUAUUGUCUAUUACACAAAAACAACGAAACCAUCAUCACCACUACCACCACCACCUUCAAUUACGACAAAGACAACCAAAUCUACUUCAUCAAAUGAUAGCCAUCAUCAAACAAUCGAACGGGUACCAAGUGAUUUUCAAUUGAAAAGACAAUUUUUUGAAAAUCGUAUUUAUGCUGAGUAUAAUACAGCGGCAACAACCCCAACAACAAAUCUAAACAUCAACAAUAAUAAUUGUAAUAGUGUAUUAUCAUUGAGUAAUAGUGUAUCACCCGUCUCAUCAUCUCUAUCUUCUUCGUCGUCAUUAUCAAAUAAAAAUUCUAGUCCAACGUCAACGAAUGCAAAUGGAACAACAAGAAAUUUAUCAGUACGCAUAGGCCCGAUGCAUGACAACAAUAAUAAUAAUAAUAAUAAUAAUAAUACACUUGUAAAUGGUAAUGGACAAUAUUACAAUAAGAAAAACUUAGAUUAUCAAUCAUUAUACGAUACAUCAAAGCAACAAUUAAAUCAACGAAAUGUAACCAGACGUUCAUGGAAUGAUUUACCCUCUCAGCAACAAUCAUCACGUUCAUUAACUUCGUCUGCUCGUCAAUUUGAUAAUAAUAAAAAUAAAACUACCGGUGUAUUUAACAACGAGGACGAAGCUUUGAAUACAAUGAAUUCAAAUGAUGAUGCUCUUUCACACGUAAUAGCUUCUGCUCCACCACCUGUUUCUCGUAAGCCAACUCGAAUCAGCAAACCCAUGAAUAAUAAUAAUAAUAAUAAUACUGAUUUAUUAACAAAUUCCAUGACUAGUGAUACAAAAUCAUCAUUACAACAAAAUGAUGAACAAAAUUUCGAUUCACUUAAAUCUACAACUCGACUGUUAUCCGUAUCAAAAACAUAUUCACUAGCUAAACCAGGCUUAUUUUCUGCUACACCAUUUAAUUCAUCACUGAUGGGAUCAAAAUCAAAUGAAAAUUAUCGUAAAAGUAUGAAUACUUUAUCAAAAAGUACCACCAUCAUUAAUAAUGACGCAUCUAAUUCAACAAAGUCAAAUAAUAUAAUGGGACAUCAACGUGUAGAAAAUCAGAUUCCCUUAUCAUCAUCAUCAUCAUCAUUAUCAUCAAGUAUUGUUCGUACACCACCAAAACGUUAUAAAUCGCGUGAAGAAUAUGAAUUUGAAACAAAUCUAAAGGCAUAUGCUAGUCGUCAUCCAAAUAAUAAACAAUUGUAUGAACUAGCUCUAUCGCCAACAGACCAUCGAUUAAGCACAGAUUAUACACGUUCUCUUUUUCCCGCUCCAGAUAGAUCGAGGCGAACAAAAUCAAGAGCCAAUGCAGGAGAAAGACUUGACACCACUGAUAUAUCCAGUUUACCUGAUUAUUUACAACGAACAGUAUUUAGUGAUAGUGUUGAUCCAAGUGAUAUUCAAGCAGAAGAACUCAUUUUAAGUUUACAACGACGAUUACAAACGUUAAAAGAAAAUCAACUUGAAAUAACAAAUGAAACGGAACAAAAUACACUAUUAGGCAACAAGUUAAUUAGUAUUGUUGAGAAAUUGGCUGAACCAUCUGAAGUAGACAAAAUUAAAAUGCAUAUUAAUGAAAUUGAUACAAUAACAAAUCUUUUAUUGAGAUUAAGCAGUCGUUUAGCAAAAGUUGAGAAUGAUAUUCAAUGUUUAUCAGAAAAUACCGAUGAAAGAACAAAGAAUUGUCUAAUUGAACGUCGUGAUAAAGUGCAAUUGAAAUAUGAUGAAGCAAAAACGUUAAAAGAUGGUAUUGAUCGUCGAAGUCGUCUAGUAUGUGAUAUAAUACGAAAAUACUUAAAUGAUGAACUAUAUGCUGACUAUGAUUAUUAUAUUAAAAUGAAAUCAACAUUACACAUGGAUCUAAAAGAUAUUGAAGAACAAACACAGUUAAUUGAAAAACAAAUACAAUUAAUAAAUUUAUCAUUGACAUGUAAAACAAGUCCCAUGUCCUCUAUGACAUUGUCAUCAUCAUUAGUUUUUGACGGUGUUAAUAAUAGUUUGAACUCAUCAUCUCUUUCAUCAACUUCCUCAUCAACGACCAGCAACAAUUUAUCAACAUAUUUUAAAUCAAUUUCAACGCCAGCUUAG